UGCAUCUUUCGUUGUGGAUUUCUCCAGUUCCGCAUCUGCAGCGGAGGUAGGGCACGGUCGUUCGCAAGGAGCUCCGCAGCUUUUUUGCCAUCACGGGCGCCUCUGGGCGGGGAAUACAGGAGGAGGAAACAGCUGCAGCGAGCAGAGCUGGAAGCAGACGUGUCCCAGGGCUUGGCCGGUUGCAGAAGGAACACAAAACCCCGCAGCAACGUUGACAAUCGUUGUGGGGGUGUGUGAGAAGCACAGGAUGGCUGCCGACGCGCCCCCCAUCCUUUCGCUCCAGCUGGUGGAGGAAGAACCGAGAUUGCUGAAGCUGAAAAAGAUGUUCAUAUCUAAAUUUAAAACAACACCAAAAUUUUAUGUUCGAGCACCAGGCCGAGUCAACUUAAUAGGUGAACAUAUAGAUUACUGUGGAUAUGCUGUACUCCCGAUGGCCAUAGAUCAAGACAUACUUAUAGCAGCUGAACCUCUAAGCAGCCCAGUCCUCCAUUUGGCUAAUACAGAUUCCUCAUACUCGGAUUUCAAUACAGAUGCCAACGACAUCCAAAUAAAGCAAACAAAACCUUUAUGGCACAACUAUUUUCUCUGUGGGUUCAAAGGAGUACAGGAUCACUUCAGUCUGAGGAACCCGAGCGGAAUUAACUGCCUGGUGGAAGGCACAAUUCCUCCAAGUUCCGGUUUAUCCAGCUCCAGCGCUUUGGUCUGCUGUGCGGGACUUGUGACUCUCAUGGCCAAUGGCAAGACCCUUUCAAAGGUGGAACUGGCUGAUCUGUGCAGCAAGAGCGAACGUUACAUUGGCACCGAAGGAGGCGGCAUGGACCAGUCCAUCUGUUUCCUGGCAGAAAAGGGAACCGCAAAGCUGAUAGAAUUUAAUCCUCUGAAGGCAACUGACGUGAAGCUUCCAGGAGGAGCCGUUUUUGUGAUUGCAAACAGUUGCGUUGAAAUGAACAAGGCCGCCACUUCUCAUUUCAAUAUUAGGGUGAUGGAGUGUCGUCUGGCUACAAAGCUUUUAGCCAAAUCCAGGGGCCUAGACUGGAGAGCGGUGGCAAAGCUCCAAGACGUGCAAACCAAGCUGAAGCUAAGCUUGGAGGAAAUGCUGGCUGUGGUCGAAGAGGCGUUUCACCCUGAGCCUUACAGCCUAGAGGAAAUUGGGGGAAACCUGGGAAUUAACCCCACAGAGCUACGUGCUCAGAUCCUGAGCCAGAACACACAGGAUGUGACUACCUUCAAAUUAUACCAACGUGCUAAGCAUGUGUAUGCGGAAGCUGCCAGAGUUUUGGAAUUCAAGAAAAUCUGCGCGGAAGCACCUGACGAUGCGAUCUCAUUGCUGGGAGAUUUAAUGAAUCAGAGCCAUGCCAGUUGCAGAGACUUGUACGAAUGCAGCUGCCCUGAACUAAAUCAGCUGGUGGAGAUCUGUCUGAGGUGUUGUAAAAGUCUGAGGCCCUCGGAUGUUCCAAGCUCGAAGUGCUGGCAUAGCUGGUGGGGGAAAUCAUUACUUCAGCAUCUCCACGAUGGAGCAUCGCGGAGCUUCAAGCUCUCCCGUUUCAGACCAUGUAUGGGCUCGAAGCAAGUCGCCAAGCAGUUCUUAUGACAUGGCACCCAGGGAAUAUAGGUUUUGCCCCAGCAAUUCCAAUUAAACAGUACAAGAAAAACGAUAGCUUAGGCAUUCAAGCCACAGAUGAAUGUGUUUGCAGAGCCAUUGUGGUACAAACGCUGGAGCAACAUGAGAAAGACUUAACCUUGGGCCAUUAUAGUACGCUGUACUCUCUGGUGGAUUGGUUGACUGGUGGAAUGUUUUGGCAAGUGAGUUCAUACAGUCAAUUUAAAUGGAAACCUUUUGUUAAGAAAUAAAAUCCACAUGCUUUAGGGUUCUUGAGCCAAAUGAUCGCAAAAUUGUAGAUGACCAGACUGAGCCUGAGGGAGAGGUCAAACAUGUCAUCAGUCUUGAAUCCCUUCAUGCCCACAAGAGAUUUAAGUCCAGCCCAUCUUGAAUCCCGUUAACUCUUAUCUACCACCAGUUUUCUCUGAUCCUUAAAAUAGUUCUGAUUCUUGUAGAGAGCUUUAGCAUACAAUAAAACUACCAUAUUUUUCGGAGUAUAAAACGCACCUACCUUUUUUGGGGAGGAAAACAAGAAAAAAAAAUCUGCCUCUGUCUCCCAGCAAUUUGCCUCCUUGCAGCAAACAGCCCGUUUCAAUUUCAGCUUCAUCCCAGCCUGAUUAGCAUAAACAGCUGGUUGUCAGUUGGAUUGGCCGCCCGAAGAUCAGCUGUUUCAGGCUGCAGGGAUUGUCAUAGCCUAUUGCUGCCUCCGUGUGCCCUAUUUUCGUGGAACGGCAGUGGGCGGGGCUACAUUCAGUGUAUAAGACACACCCAAAUUUUCACCCUCUUUUAUGGGGGAGAAAGUGCGUCUUAUAGUCCGAAAAAUACGGUAUAUUCAAUUGACCCCUGAUUUCCUGUGCUUGAAAAAUGUGUCUGUAAGCUGUAUAGUCACCUUCAGCAAGAUGAGAGGCAUACUAGAUAGAUAGAUAGAUAGAUA